UCUAAAUUUCCAGUUUUCGCUCCAACAACAUCAACCGCGAAGGCCUCAGAUUGGGAUUUGGCGUUCCCGUUUUGUUGCAGAGAAAACCCUAAUUUUCUUUCUUCAUCUCUAUCUCUAUCUGUACUUUUACUUUUGUUCCUUUAUGAUCGAAUCGAAAUCUUACUUUUCUCUUUCCAAAAUCCUUAACCCUAAUCUAGAAAUUAGAUCUCGGAGUUGCAGAGGAGGAGGAGAGAACCUUAGUUCACUCAGUUUGGGUGGAAUCUGGAUGUGAUUUUUGAAGGUUGAAUUGGUUGGUGUUUGAGCAAUUGUGGAUGGGUGAAGUACCUGCUUGUCUAACACCACCAGCAGAUGGGACAAUGGAUGAUGUAAAUUCUCCCAAAACAGAAUUGAAGCGCACACAUGAAUAUGUUAUAGAUGCUUCAGAAAUAGAGACAUUCCCCAACAAGAAGCAAAAUAAAGAAACUUCAAAUGAAGAAUCCAAAUCGGAGGUGUUGAAUCCAAAUCUUCCUUUGCAUGAGAAUGCUUCCAGUUGUCAAACUGUGUCAAGUCAGCUUGUUAAUGGGUUAUUGACAAAAGUGUGUGGUGAUAUUGCGUGUAGUAGUACCCGGAGUUCAAGUACAGAAAGCUCUGAUGAUAACAGCAGCGAUGAUGAAAGUACUGAUGAGGAUGAGGACCUAUCUGGAGGUGUUGUUUCUCCUUCUGGCGCUUCAACUACUCAAGUUAUAUUGGAAGCUUCUGAACCAUCUAGUUUUGGUAUAAGAAGAAUUAUAUUCAAGUUUGGAAAGAGAAAGGAGCCAGAAAGUGGUAUAGUUAGUAAAACAAGUCAGCCUGUAAGUAAUGGGGUGGACAAUUAUCUACCAUAUAACCGUUAUCACUCAGGACGUGGGAUGAACUCCUCAAAGUUGGUUGAUUCAAGUGCAGAUAUGCUUGUAGACACUUCUGGAUCUGAUUCGAUCAUUUUGGCUCCUAAGAAGAUGGAAAUGAAGAUGAAGGUUGGUUUGAAUAGCUACCCUACCAACGUCAGAAAGUUGUUGUCAACUGGUAUUCUCGAAGGAGUAUCUGUGAAGUAUUAUAAAGGAGAGAAAGGAAUGCUGCGUGGAAUUAUAAGUGGUUGUGGUUACCUGUGCGGAUGUGGAUUGUGCAACUUUUCUAAUGUAGUCAAUGCUUAUGUGUUUGAGCAACAUGCUGGUAGCAAAUCGAAGCAUCCAAAUAAUUAUGUUUUGUUGGACAAUGGCAAAUCAAUCUACUGUGCAGUGCAAGAGCUAAGGAAUAUUCCUCUCGGCUCGCUGGAUAAAGUAAUUCAAUCUGUGGUUGGUCCAUCAAUCAAUGUGCAGUCUUACCUUUGUUGGAAAGAAUCACUUCAAACAGAGAACUCGGUGGAAGUUGAACGAAAGAGUGAAAUAGGCAAGGUAUUUCAGCCGAAGCAUUGCGUGUAUCAUCACCCUAUUUUAAGCAUUCCAAAUGAAGCCACCGAGGAUAGUGAUGUUCCUUUGCAGCACUCUUUGGUUCAAAAGUACUCGGCUGCACAGAUUUCCUUAGCAACGCAUGAGACAGUGCAAUUGCAUGAACGGCCAACACUACUGAAGCCACACCCCAGUAGCUCCUUUCGGCAGAAGAAGUAUAUCAGUCGUCAGUCUAAAAAGAGAGAUAAUGAUCUGCAUAGGUUACUUUUCAUGCCUAAUGGACUUCCAGAUGGAGCUGAACUGGCUUACUAUUCGAAGGGACAAAUAGUACUUGAGGGACAUAAGCACGGAAAUGGUAUUUUAUGUAGUUGCUGUGAUAGCGAGGUUAGUCCCUCACAGUUUGAAGCUCAUGCUGGAUGGGCGACUAGGCGUCAACCCUAUCGCCAUAUCUAUACUUCUAGUGGACUAUCACUUCAUGAUAUAGCGAUUUCUCUGGCAAGUGGACAAAAUCUAGCAACAUACGGUGGUGAUGAUAUGUGCACAGUAUGUGGAGAUGGAGGAGAUCUGUUACUUUGUGAUGGAUGCCCGAGGGCUUUCCAUGGAGUUUGUUUGGAAUUACAGUGCCUCCCAGAAGGUGAUUGGAAUUGCCCAUAUUGCGACGACAAGAUACAGGCAGAUGGAAUGUCAGCUUUCAGCGAAUCUGGUGUUUCCAGACCACUAACAAUACGGUUGUCGCGGGUUGUUAGAGCCCCAGCUGCUGAAAUAGGUGGAUGUGUUGUUUGCAGAGGGCAUGACUUCAGUGUAGCAAGAUUUGACGAGCGAACAGUUAUGCUCUGUGACCAAUGUGAGAAGGAAUACCAUGUUGGUUGCUUAAGGGACCAUGGAUUUUGUGAUUUGAAGGAAUUACCCAAAGGAAAAUGGUUUUGCUCUGAGGAUUGCACCAGUAUACAUACUGCUUUACAAGCCUUGAUCUUUGGUUGGCCAAAGGGUGUUCCAGCUUCACUGACUAGUAUCAUUGACGAAAAGCUUAUUGAGAAAGGUCUAAUUCAUGAAGUUGGGGCUAAUGUGCAAUGGAAACUUUUAAGUGGAAAAUAUGGAUCUUCAGAAGAUCGGCUGCUGCUUUCUAAGGCUGCUGCAAUAUUUAGACAUGGCUUUGAUCCAAUAGUUGAAAGGUCAGGUCGUGAUCUUAUUCCUGCUAUGGCUUAUGGGCGAAAUAUAGCUGGGCAGGAGUUUGGGGGAAUGUACUGUGCAAUUUUAACUGUAAAUUCUAUUGUGGUGUCAGCUGGAAUUCUCAGGAUUUUUGGCUCGGGUGUUGCUGAGCUUCCUUUGGUAGCUACAACUAAAGAUAGCCAGGGAAAGGGUUAUUUCCAAGCACUGUUCUCGUGUAUUGAGAGGCUUCUGUGCUCCUUGAAUGUGGAGAAUAUUGUCCUCCCUGCUGCUGAAGAAGCCGAAUCUAUCUGGAUCAAUAAAUUUGGCUUCACCAAGAUGACGGAAGAGCGAUUGCUGCAGUACACAAGGGAUACUCAGUUGAUGUUUUUCCAGAAGACGGCGAUGCUAGAGAAACCGGUUCCACCAAGGAUCGGCGGAUUGUAGUAGUUUCUGAAUGGUCUCUCUCGCUGUGUAUUUAUCUUUCCCUGAGAAGAGCCAUAGUUCCUGAAUUUAUUUUCAAGUUUUAGUUCCCAAUUUAUUUGUUCUCUGUAUGCAAUUUUGCUUCAUUAGCAGUUAAAUGUCGAGUUGAUAAAGAGCCAAGCCUUGGUAGAAAGAAAGAUUAAUUGAUAAAGAGCCAAGCCUUGGUAGAAGAGAGAAAGAAGAUUAAUUGAUAGGUGUUAUUUAAUGUACCAAAUAUUCCUCCAGUAGAGGAAAAGAAGAAAAAAGUUGUAUGUAAAGUGUACAACAAGAGGCACGGAAUUAUAACCUAAUAUUGAUGCAUGCAAACCUUUUCUUUC